AUGAGGCGGAAGGAGAUCAUCUGCAGCUGGAAGAAAAGCACCAGUAAUAUCAGAGAUGUGUUCGACUUUAAGGGGAAAAUGGGAUCGGGGUCCUUUUCCGAGGUUUUUAUGGUGAGAGAGAAGAGAACAGGAAAAAUGUACGCCCUGAAAUGCCUGAAGAAGAAACACCUCGCUCAUAGCAACCUCGAAAAUGAAAUCAAUGUACUGAGAAGGAUACAGCACGAGAAUGUGGUAGGACUGGAGGAUUUCUAUGAGAGCCGGACACACUAUUACCUGGUCAUGCAACUGGUGUCAGGUGGGGAGCUGUUUGAUCGCAUUUUAGAUAAGGGGGUUUACACCGAGAAGGACGCUAGCAUGGUGAUAAAGCAGGUGCUGCAGGCUGUCAGCUACCUGCACGAAAACAGCAUCGUACACAGGGACCUUAAGCCUGAGAACCUGCUUUACUAUAACACAGACGAGAAUGCGAAGAUCAUGGUGAGUGACUUUGGUCUGUCGAAGACGUUGGAGCACGGCGUGAUGUCCACAGCCUGUGGUACGCCGGGAUAUGUUGCCCCUGAGGUUUUGGCCCAGAGACCCUACAGCAAAACAGUGGACUGCUGGUCCAUUGGAGUUAUCACCUACAUCCUGCUCUGCGGCUACCCUCCAUUCUUUGAAGACAACGAGACGCGUCUGUUUUCAAAGAUCAUGAGGGCUGAGUACGCUUUUCAUUCACCUUUCUGGGACGAUAUCUCCGAGUCAGCCAAAGACUUCAUCAGGAAUAUGAUGCAUAAAAACCCCACAAGACGCUUCCUCACCGAGCAGGCACUCAGACACCCAUGGAUUGCUGAAAACACAGCUAAAGACGUGGACAUUUCUCAGUCUGUGUGUGAGCAGAUGGAGAGAAGCUUUGCCAAAUCCAAAUGGAAGCAAGCCUUCCACGCAGCCUCAGUGGUUCACCACAUGAAGAAACUGCAGUCGUCCCUUUCCGAGCCCCUCCCCCUACAUCCCUGCAUGCCCCCCAUCAUAGUACAGUCCUCCUCCCAGGAGAAUCUGAGAGCCCUGGACCCGUGCCUCCAUGAGGCUGAGGCCCUGGACCCGAACGGGAACCUGGUCCCGGGGGCCGGCAGUCCGUCCUGCAGCAGUGCUGAGGAGUCCAGAGAGGGCAAAGACUUCCUCUCAGAGACUGACGCUGCUUUCAGGCCCUCCAAGAGUGUGGACAAAGUGUCUCAGAGGAAGAACCCGUCCAUUCAGUCUGGAGUGUGUUCUGUCAUGUGAUUGGCUGCCUAACCAAGAUGAAUCCCAUGCAGAAUUGAAGGCACUCAUAUCGUGGUAUGAAGAUGUUGACACACUCAGCUUUUUCCUCUCUGC